AUGAUGGUAGUUGCUGAGGAAUGUCUUGACUCAAGCAAAAAGAGGAAACAGCGAGCUGAAGAAUCAGACUUGUUGUCACCCUUACCGAAACACUUUUGUCUGGAGCAGGCUUCCCUUCCUGAUUCUUCAUGUCCAUCAUCAGAUAUAGAAUGUGCAGAAUGUUCUCAUGCUAUGGAAGACACAAAGACCAGCGAUGAGACUUCUUCUUCUUCUUCUGCAUCUGUCACAGGAGGGGCUUCUUUGUACACGUUUAAAGACUCUUCUUACUCAACCGCGGGAAGUUCAAAUUCGAGUUCUGGUUAUGCAAGAUCAAGCAUAGACCAAUGCUGUUCCAAAGGUAAUGACAAAGCACAAGAAUAUGUUGAUGAGCUUAGUGAGAUGGAGUUCAUUUACCCCGAGUUUGGGGUCGAAAAUCUUCCAGAGCUUCUCCACUCUCAAGAUUCGAAUCUAGAAGGUUCUUACUACACUCUUUCUUCUGCAAGGUGGAGUGUGAGCAACCAAGAUUCUGAAGAAACUACCACGAAACCAACCAUUGAUCAAGAGUUUGAGGACUACUUUUCAACACUUAUGAUGUAA